AUGCCCACCAAUGGCCUGCACCAGGUGCUGAAGAUCCAGUUUGGCCUCGUCAAUGAUACUGACCGUUACCUGACGGCUGAGAGCUUUGGCUUCAAGGUCAAUGCCUCGGCACCCAGCCUCAAGAGGAAGCAGAUGUGGGUGCUGGAGCCAGACCCGGGCCAGGGCACAGCAGUGCUGUUUCGCAGCAGCCACCUGGGCCGCUACCUGUCAGCCGAGGAGGACGGGCGCGUGGCCUGCGAGGCGGAGCGGCCGGGCCGCGACUGCCGCUUCCUGGUCCUGCCGCAGCCUGACGGGCGCUGGGUGCUGCAGUCGGAGCCGCACGGCCGCUUCUUUGGCGGCACUGAGGACCAGCUGUCCUGCUUCGCCACAGCCAUCACCCCGGCUGAGCUGUGGACCGUGCACCUGGCCAUCCACCCGCAGGCCCACCUGCUGAGUGUGAGCCGGCGGCGCUACGCGCACCUGUGCCCGCAGGAGGACGAGAUCGCGGCGGACAGCAACACACCGUGGGGCGUGGAUGCGCUCGUCACGCUCAUCUUCCAGAACCGGCAGUACUGCCUCAAGUCCUGCGACAGCCGCUACCUGCGCAGCGAUGGCCGCCUUGUCUGGGAGCCCGAGGCUCGCGCCCGCUACACACUUGAGUUCAAGGCGGGCAAGCUGGCCUUCAAGGACUGUGACGGCCGCUACCUGGCGCCCGUGGGACCCGCAGGCACGCUCAGGGCUGGCCGCAACACACGGCCCGGCAAGGACGAGCUCUUCGACCUGGAGGAGAGUCACCCGCAGGUGGUGCUGGUGGCCGCCAACCACCGCUACGUGUCAGUGCGGCAAGGGGUCAAUGUCUCCGCCAACCAAGACGAAGAACUGGAUCAUGAGACUUUCCUGAUGCAAAUUGACCAGGAGACAAAGAAGUGCACCUUCUAUUCCAGCACUGGGGGCUACUGGACCCUGGUCACCCACGGGGGGAUCCAGGCCACAGCCACACAAGUUUCUGCGAACACCAUGUUUGAGAUGGAGUGGCGGGGCCGGCGGGUGGCCCUCAAGGCCAGCAAUGGGCGCUAUGUGUGCAUGAAGAAGAACGGGCAGCUGGCGGCCAUCAGCGAUUUUGUGGGUGAGCACUUCCCUCAUUCCCUGGGGAGACUGGGGCGGGGCCCUCUGCCUGGGAACACGGCCAGCUCGGAGACCCUGUCCCCACAAGGGCUGGACGAAGAGUUUAUCCUCAAGCUCAUCAACCGGCCCAUCCUCGUGCUGCGGGGCCUGGACGGCUUCGUCUGCCACCGCCGAGGCUCCAACCAGCUGGACACCAACCGCUCCGUCUACGACGUGUUCCACCUGAGCUUCAGCGACGGCGCCUACCAGAUCCGAGGCCGCGGCGGCGGGUUCUGGCACACCGGCAGCCACGGCAGCGUGUGCAGCGACGGCGAGCGCGCCGAGGACUUCCUGUUUGAGUUCCGUGAGCGCGGCCGCCUGGCCAUCCGCGCCCGGAGCGGAAAGUACCUGCGCGGUGGCGCCUCGGGGCUGCUGCGCGCAGACGCAGACGCGCCGGCCGGGAUUGCGCUCUGGGAGUACUGA